AUGCGAGUCGACGUACGCGUGCAGCCCGGAGCUGCGGCCGUGGCCGGGGUGGUCGUGCGCGACGACGGCGACGUCCAGCGCGAGCAGCUUGUCGACCACGGAGCCGCGCAGCUCCACGCGGUGGUUGUCCGCGUCCGGCGCCAGCCACUCGAACGCCGAGUGGCCCAGGAUCCCGUGCAUGGCGAAGACCACGGCCUUGGCGGACGCCAGCCCGCACGCGGGCUCCCACUCAUACGUCGCCACCGUGUAGCCGUGACGCACAGGCAGCGUGCCUUGCCGGUAACCGCCACGCGCGUCCUGCGCGGACGGUAUCGGCUGCUGCAACGCUUGCUCGCGCGUGAGUUUGGGUGGCAUAGUGGAGGUGGCGGCGGGGGAGGGGAAGGGCGGGGGGUGGAAGAGGUGCAGUCUUGUGGGGUGGAAUUACGAGCUCCGAAUACCCUUCGGAAAGGGUAG